CGGCGAUCGGUCAAGUCCUCCAACGGAGCAGUGGGCCUCCACCCACUUUCUCGCCUAGGGAUCCCUGUCCAAGAGUUCGGAUUAGACACUUCGGGGAAAAGCGAAGAGUUAAGACGAUUACUGACAGCGUUUGCCAAGGGAACGGAUCUUACAAAUGAGGUCAGACAGCAACUCGCCGUACAAGAGGUACAAGAGAGACAGAAGCCCGGCAAAAGAUAUAAUACCGGAAAUCGUAGUAUUUGGGGAAGAAGAGCAGAGACAGCAACUCGCCGGAUCAACGGUGAGAUAUAGGAGGGACAGAAGCCCGGCAGAGAUAAGACCGAAAAUCUCAGGAGUCGGAGAAGAGGAGCAGAGCAGAGAGGAAGAACCGACAACAAGGGCAAAAGCUAGGAUCAGAGCAGCGAAAAAGGAGAAAAACAGCAAAAGGGAAGGAGAAAGAAAUAGAAAAGUGGAAUGGAGAAUGGAAACAGAAGUGGUUGACCGAGUACGAAGCUGGGGCAUCCGAUACCAAGGAACGACGAACCCACUGGAAUUCUUAAGCAAAAUGGAGCAGUGGGCAUCCGGAUACGGUAUCCAGGAGAACCAGCUAAUUCAGACCAUGCCGUACAUAUUGGAAGGAGCCGCCGAAGACUGGUGGAACACCACGCCAACCAAAAUUAGUACAUGGAAGCAAUUAACGGCAGAACUGCUAGAGUACUUCCUGCCUCCAAGAUAUGAGAAACGACUGGAGACACAGAUCACACAGCUUAAACAGCGGGAAUCAGAACCAGUUAGGGAAUACGCGAUGGGACUAAGGAAGCUGAUGCGAUUCACGAAACUGUCAGAAGAGGAAAAACUCGACCGCAUAUUUACCAACUGUAGAAGCAAGAUCAAGCUCUACACGCGGAGAUCAGGAUUUAGGUCGCUGACAGAGUUCCUCAAACUAGCAGAGGAAGUGGAGGAGAUUGAAGCAGCAGAGAACCAGAGACGACACAACCAGCCAACACAGCAGCAAAUACGACCGGAAAUUUGUAUGCGAUGCGGCACGCAAAUGCGGCAAUCUACAAAGGUUAUAUUGCUGGGUCUGUGGAAAGAACGACAUCAGAACAACGGAGUGUUGCAGAGCGGUACCGGGAAACGCAGGAGGCCUGAGCAGAUAAAGCUGGCAGCUCAGGCGGCAAGACUAGAGCCAGCACCAGGAAAGCAACUAAGCUGCGACGGGUACCAAAUAAUAGCACGAAUCGGGAUUGGAAAAAGAACGGCAAAGGGAGUGGUAGACACCGGAGCAUCACGAAGCGUUAUAAGUAUGAAUCGGUACCAGAACCUCAGAAAACAAGGCAGCUGGAGCGGAACCCGGGCCGAAAUGAUAAUGGCCAAUGGAUCAUGCCAGAGGACUGUGGGAAUGUUCACAGCGGAUAUCCGAUUCGGGGGACAAACAUUCAGCCUGACCUUCCUGAUACUGAAGAAGGUCGCAGGCGGUAUCUUGUUAGGAAUGGACUUUCUGGCCGGAGCACACAGCCUACUACGGUGCGGGAAAUUGGAAUUGGAAAUAAUAACAACCGCGGGGGACAGGGAAAGCGAGGAGGACCAUGCAGCCAGGGGGACCAAGAACGAGAGACAAGAACCAUCAGAGGCAAAAAUACAAGCGUUCCUGGACAGUCAAAGGAUCGAAAAUGCAUCGAUUUCAGAACAGCGUGCAGAAAUUUCGACAUCGCCACGCAAACAUCACAGCGUCGGCAAGGACGGCAAAGGUAAUCGAGGCGACGGCAAUGGCUGGAGGCACGAGGAAAAGGACGGCACCGGCGAAAAUGGGCAUUGCGACGAUGCAGGAAGAGAGGCCGGAGAUGCCUGCCGGGAAGAAACGGAUCGCACACACGCCGCGGACACGAGAAACGGGCACCGAGGCUCGCCAGCAGUCUCCAGUAUCGACAUCACGCCGCCAGUCACCGACACGUGCGGCACAACCAUCGUGCGCAGCCGCCAAAGCGCGCAAGCUUCUGUCAUCGCACACGCAGACGACACGAAGACAGCCAUUGGACUCGGCCAGCCCAGCUCGCCAGCAGUCACCACCACGCAGCAGCCACCAACAUCCGCCAGCAGCUCUAGUCUGCCAGCAGUCACCACCACGCAGCAGCCGUCAACAUCUGUGCGCAUACGACAGCAGUCGGAGACUCGGCAACGCAUGCGCCCACACCCACAAGGGAGACCAGCUACAUCGCCCGCCCGGGAUAUUAUAGAAAUACACUCGGACGAAGUCAACAACUGGGGCUGGAGGAUCCCAGCGGGAGCGCAUUUUUCGGCGGAAGCCGUGGAGGAGAUCCGCAGACGACUCGCGCAGAAAAAAUACGGCCGGCAGCAAGCUUGGGUCAUGCAGGAUGGAACGGCAACUUGGCGCGUCGUGGUCUCAAGGGCGAAUAAGGUCACGCUGAUGGAACAUAGCGCCUCUUAA